AUGACAGAAAAUGAAGAUAUUAAUAGCAAUCUUUUUAUCCAUAUGAAUAUACCUGAAACUAAGGCAGAAACCAUUUUCGGAAAUAUUACAGGAGAAUAUGCUAGUAAUAGAAGAUAUGCUAGUGGUGAUACUUUAGAAGAGCCCAUUUAUACGGCAAUUUAUAAUGAUAUAAAAAUGAUAGGAAUCAAACUUAAUUAUACUUUAUGGCCUCGCAAUAACUACAAUAUUUUAAAUAACUGGGACUUAUGGGGUCCUCUUAUUUUUUGUCUUAUACUUUCUUCAUGCUUAUCAUUAACCGCUCCAAAAAGUGAAUCAACGAUAAUUUUUACAAGUAUCUUUUGUGUUGUAUGGAUAAGCGAAUUAAUUAUUGCAUUGAAUCUUAAACUUUUGGGAGCACCAAUAUCGUUGUUUCAAUCAAUAUCUGUUCUUGGAUAUUCUUUAUUUCCUUUUGUGAUCAUUACCAUAACCAAUCUUUUUAUAAAUACAGUUUUUAUCAAAUUUCCAUUAAUUAUUAUUGCUUACACCUGGUCAACAUAUGCAUCAUUAAGUGUAAUAAGGAAUUUUUCUCUUACCAAAAAGAGACUUCUCGCCAUUUACCCUCUUUUUCUAUACUAUUUUUUUAUAGCAUGGAUUAUUUUUUUACAAUCUAUAUAA